GGCAGUGGGCUCCGAGUCAACUGGUAUGACCGCGGGCACUGGGUCAGACAUUGGAUCGUCUGGCUGGACAGCGGGCAUCGGGUCACCAGGCAUCAGGUCAUUUGGCUCGGACCGCGGGCACCGCGUCAUCUGGCAAGGCAGUGGGCUCCGAGUCAAACUGGUAUGACCGCGGGCACUGGGUCAGACAUUGGAUCGUCUGACUGGACAGCGGCAUCGGGUCACCAGGCAUCAGGUCAUUUGGCUCGACAGCGGGCACCGCGUCAUCUGGCAAGGCAGUGGUCUCCGAGUCAACAGGCACGACAGUGGGCACCGGGUCAUCAGGUACCGGAUUGUCUGGCUCGACAGCGGGCAUCGGGUCAUCAGGCAUCAGGUCAUUUGGCUUGCCAGCGGGCACCGCGUCAUCUGGCAAGGCAGUGGGCACCGAGUCACCAGGUA